AUGCAUUACCCUCAUCGGAAGUUAGUUCUCGCUGAUGAAUUUGACAAUCGCAUCCUCUGUACCAUGCCAUCCGAAAUAAUUAACAAAUUUGAGGAUGUAUUGCUCGAAGGAGAGUGGUAUUUUCUUGGUAAUUUUGCAGUUACUGACAGAUUACCUCAUCCAAGCAUAUCAUCAAACAACUGUCAUAUACGUUUGAACGAGGAUACAAUCACUGAAAAAACCGAUCCGAAGUCUUCCAGAGAAAUAUACUCUUUCUGUGCAUACAUAGAUAUUUUGCUUGCGUUGAUUCAAACUGACCGAUAUCUUGUUGAUGUUCUCGGGAUUGUCACUUUUGUUCAGAAACUUCAAAGUGGAGUUCAUAUGUCUGAUACAUCGGAUAGACCCACAGAACGUCCACUUAUUCGUUUUGUACUCGAAGAUCUUGAUGGAAAUUCUUUGAAAUGUAUUGCUUGGGAUAACUUGGCAACGAAAUUUGAAGAACUUUGGACGAAUCGUGAUAAAUCUUCAAGGCAUAGUAUUGUAUUGCGAUUUUUCUCUUUCAAUAGGUGGAGGGAUGAGUGGAUAGUUGAAUCGGAAAGAUUCAUAUCUGAUAUUCUCGAGGAUCCUCCUACUCCAGAAGUGGCAAUAGCAAAGAUGAGGCUUGAAACUGCAGUUGAUUUUACCCCUUUGGAUGAUGAAUAUGAAGAACAGUUUCCGUAG